UAACGGUUUGGUGGUUUCGGCGUAACGGUUCUUAUCGAUCAGCGAUCGUUACACGAAGAGUGUGUGAAGCGAGAAAGAGUGGAAGUGGUGGGAGCUUUGUGUGAUUAAAAUCGUAUUAACGGCUCAUUAAGGAGUCAUUAGUGUGCUUAAUUAUAUCUAUACAUUCAGCUCAGCUAUGUCUGCUUAGACCGAAGAGAGAGAGAGAGAAAGAGAGAGAGAGAGAGACACAGACAGAGACAGCGACAGAGAGAGAGAAUCAGAAUCGAGAGAUUAUCUGAGCUUUUGUUGUGGCAAUUGUGAAAUUUGUUGACUCGGGAGGGUACGACUUCAACGAUGGCGAAUCGGGAAGGCGGCGAUCUGUAUCCGGAGCUAUGGAAGGCCUGCGCGGGCCCACUAGUCGAUGUGCCUCGCGUCCAGGAGAGAGUCUUCUACUUUCCACAGGGGCACAUGGAACAACUGGAGGCGUCAACACCAACAAAUCAGGAACUGAAUCAAGGGAUUCCGCAGUUCAAUCUUCCCCCGAAGAUUAUUUGCCGCGUUGUUAACGUGACCCUAUUGGCUGAGCAGGAAACAGAUGAGGUUUAUGCACAGAUUACUUUAAUCCCGGAUGCAAAUCAAACGGAGCCUACUAGUCCUGAUCCAUGCCUUCCAGAACCUCAAAAACCUGCAGUUCACUCAUUCUGCAAGGUCUUAACUGCCUCUGAUACAAGCACCCAUGGCGGGUUUUCUGUUCUCCGGAAACACGCCACUGAAUGCCUUCCUGCACUGGACAUGACCCAGGCAACCCCAACUCAGGAAUUGGUUGCCAAGGAUCUUCAUGGUUACGAGUGGCGAUUUAAGCAUAUUUUCAGAGGUCAACCACGGAGGCACUUGCUUACAACGGGAUGGAGUACUUUUGUCACCUCCAAGAGAUUAAGUGCCGGGGAUUCCUUUGUAUUUCUCAGAGGGGGCAACGGGGAGUUACGUGUUGGAGUUAGACGUCUUGCUCGUCAACAAAGCAGCAUGCCAUCAUCAGUGAUCUCGAGUCAAAGCAUGCACGUAGGGGUUCUCGCAACUGCAUCUCAUGCAGUUGCAACCCAAACUCUUUUUGUCGUGUACUAUAAGCCAAGGACAAGUCAGUUCAUUAUCGGUUUGAACAAGUAUUUGGAGGCUGUCAACAAUAAGUUUUCAGUCGGAAUGAGGUUCAAAAUGAGGUUUGAGGGGGAGGAUGCUCCUGAGAGAAGGUUUUCAGGCACAAUAGUUGGUCUUGAAGAUAUAUCUCCUCACUGGGCAGAUUCAAAAUGGCGGUCACUUAAAGUUCACUGGGAUGAGUCUGCAUCCAUUCCAAGGCCUGAUAGGGUAUCGCCUUGGGAGAUUGAACCUUUUGUGGCGUCUGUAAUUCCGAGCCUUCCUCAACCAUCUGUUGUGGUGAAGAACAAAAGGCCCCGACCACCCACUGAAAUCCCAGCUCUAGAUGCAAUGAGUUCAACAGGGUCAGCUACGUGGAAUUCUGUGCUGACACAGCCCCAUGAUAUGUCAACACUGAGUGUCGCUGCUGAAGGCAAAAGAAGUGAAAAUCAUGUUGUAUGGCAUCAUCAACAGGCUGACGUGAUCAGCAAUAACAACUCUGUUCCAAGGACUCAGACUGAUGGGGGAUGGUUGUCUUCUCAGGCAGGUGGUUCUCCGCACAUGUUCCAGGAAACAAUGGAGGAUAGUAAAAGUGUUUCUGCUUGGCCUGUUUUCUCUGGAUAUUCAACUCCAAACUCAUCAAAGCCUAAAAAUGACUCAAUGUUUGACCAUGUUGAAAAAGAGAAGAAAACUGAGAUGGGUACUAGUUGCCGAAUUUUUGGUAUAGACUUUACUAGUCAUUCGACAUGCUUCCCUGUCAUGGAGAAGGCACCUGCACAACCAAUCAGUGGAUCUACUGGAACCACUGAAGGACGUGUUAGUAACAAGUUAGCUGCUGAGUCAGACCAGAAAUCUAACCUUUCAAAGGCUUCUAAAGAAAGCAAACCUGGACAGUUGCAAGUAUCACCUAAGGAGACACAAAGCAAGCAGAGUUGCUCUACUUCCGCCAGAAGUCGCACCAAGGUGCUCACAGUUCAAAUGCAGGGGAUAGCUGUUGGCCGAGCAGUGGACUUGACGAUGUUGGAAGGAUAUGAUCAGCUUAUAGAUGAACUGGAGGAGAUGUUUGACAUUAAGGGACAGAUUCGCCCCGGCAACAUGUGGCAAAUUGUCUUUACUGAUAAUGAAGGAGAUAUGAUGCUUAUGGGCGAUGACCCAUGGUCGGAGUUCUGUGACAUGGUGAAAAGGAUCUUUAUUUGUUCGAGUCAAGACGUGAAGAAAAUCAGCGCAGGCUGCGAACUUCCAAUGUCGUCACUAGAAGUCGAAGGGGGGACGGUCAUCAGCUCGGACUAACAUCGGUCAGGUUGUUGAUUUUUUAAAUACGUGUUGGUUUUGUUGAUUUUCGGGGCAGGUCUUUUGGUCGUUUGUUUGUGGAGGGAGGGAGGGAGGGAAGACUUGAUUUUUGGGCAAAAAGGAGGAAGAGAAGAUUGAAGUUGGAAGCAGGAGGAGAAGAGGACAUCGGCUAAUUGGUAGCUCGUUUUUUAGAGCUAGCUAGACUACAUUUGACUGGAAAUUGAAAAAAGGUGCAAUGGCAAUUAUGUCAUUGUCCUGUGUUUGGUAGUGGGUAGGAUUAGGAAUCUGUGAAUAUUCAUUGUGGUGGGUCGUCGGAGUUGGGUGUUUUUAGGGUAUCUUGUUCCAUAUGAUGCUGUUGUAAAUAUAUGUACUUUUGGCAGUGAAAUGUUUUGGUGGAUAGUGUUGGGAAAUUUGGAAAAGUAGUCAAAAUUUGGAUCUCA